UUGAGGAUCACAGAGAGAAGGGGGAGAGGGAGAAGAAGUGAGGCACUGGGAGUGUUGUGUGAAAAAGAGUGCAGGCCAACGAGGGAAACAAAAGAGGCUGCGGCUGCAUUGACUGAGCUGGUGGUGUGGUCGUCUUCCGAAGCCACAAGGAAAACCACAUUAACCCUCCUCCUACUCCUUCGCCCGUCAGAGAGGGAAACCGACUGCGACAUUGUGAUAGCUGGGAGUGCGAAGUUGAAGUCUCGCAAGAGAGAGAGAAGGAGAGAGAGAGAGAGAGAGAGAGAGAAGGAAAGAGAGGGAGCGCUCCCCUGUGCCGGGUGUUCCUCCUCUCCGCGUCCUCACUAAGCGUCGAGUGCGCUGCGGUGUGGGACUGGAGAUAUAACCCCAGAACAAAGGAGUCUUGAAGCGAGGAAUGAGCGAGCCGAGACUAGCCUUGCCAGUGCCGUUGAAACCAGGCCAAAUGCCUCUCUGAGACCAACAAUAGCACCUCGGCUGCUCGCAGUUCCUCACGAAGCUUUCCGCCUCAAAAGGGGGAGAAAGAAGACGAAGAGAAAUAGGAGAAAGCUUACACGGAGACGCACAAGUCGGCGGCGACUAUGUUUCCUCAAAACCGACCAUCGGCACCUUUGCAGCCACCACCUGGGUCCUCUGCAUCAGUGGUGGCAGCUGCAGCGGCGGCAGCAGCAGCAGCAUCGGGGACACCCCAAUCCCUGAAAUUAACCUACCCAGAAACUUUGGAUCGCAUUAAGGAGGAGUUUCAGUUCCUUCAGACCCAGUACCACAGUUUGAAACUGGAGUGUGAGAAACUGGCUACAGAGAAGACGGAGAUUCAGAGACACUAUGUUAUGUACUAUGAGAUGUCCUACGGCCUUAACAUUGAAAUGCACAAACAGACGGAGAUUGCCAAGCGGUUGAAUGUGAUCUGUGCUCAGCUCAUCCCAUUCCUUUCACAGGAGCACCAACAACAGGUGGUCCAGGCCAUGGAACGCGCCAAACAGGUGACCAUGGGGGAGCUAAAUGCUUCGAUAGGGGUACGUGGGCUCCCCCCUCUGCCUCAUAGCCAGCAGCUUCAGGCACAGCACCUCUCCCAGCAUGCCCAGGGUCUGCCAGUGGGCCCACACCCAUCAGGUCUGCCCCACCCGGGCUUGGCGCUUGGUGGAGGAUCCAGCCUGUUGGCCCUGUCUGGGGCUCUGGGGGCUCAGUUGGCUGCCAAGGAUGAGAGAGCCCACCUAGAGGCAGCAGCGGCUGCUGCUGCUGCUGCAGAGCAUCACAGAGACCGUGAAGCAGGACCAAGUUCUCUGUCCAACGGGGACAAGGGUCGUCAAGCAGACUACCUCAGCAACGGCAAGAAGAGGAAAGCUGAUGAGAAGGAGUUCAUGACAGACUAUGGCAGUGAUGCGGAUAAGAGUGAUGAUAAUUUGGUGGUGGAUGAGGACCCGUCGUCCCCCCGCAGUGUGCAGUCCUACUCGUCCAGGGAGAACGGUUUGGACAAGAUGCCUCCGUCUCGUAAGGAAGGUCCGGCCCAGGCCAGCCCCACCUCGCUGGCCUCCUCGAGCAGCGCCACCUCUCCCUCCCGUGGAAAAGAGCCCCCACAGAGGGAGAAGUCCAGUACUCCAGGUAUGAAACCGGGGACCCCCAUGUCUCAGGAGUCCAACACUCCGGGACCAAGUGGACCACCACAGUUCAGACCGGUCCCAGGAAAGCCUGGCAUUGACCCUCUUGCUCUGGGUCUCAGAAACCCUCUUGCAGUACAGGGAGCUUACCCUCCUGGGGCGUUCGGCCUUCCUCCUCCAGGGGUGAACGGGGACCUGCCCGGGGCGGCGGGUUACGGUGCAGGCCUCCACUUGGUUUCCCCCCAGAUGAACGGAGCUGCGGCAGCAGCAGCGGCAGCAGCUGCCGCAGGCUACGGACGGUCUCCUGUGGUGAGCUGGACUCUCUGCAGAUAAUUUGUCUUUCUAGUGUCACUGUCACAUUACCUCAGCAUAUGAAACUGUCAGAGAGGGCAAAAAGAAAGAUUUUGUUUUAAUCAACAGAAAAAGGAGGGAGGAUUUCAGAGGGAUGAGAGGUUGCGUUGUCAUUUAUCGUUAAGACUAUGACCUUGGCUCUCAAAAGCCAUUGUUGGGCAGUGACAUAUUACUCAGUAAUAUAUUAUUGUGAUGUUACUUUGUCCAGUAAACAGUAGUCUAAGAUUACAAGAUAAGUAACUGUAGUAAAAUGAUAAUUAUAAAUACAAAGUAAUCCUAUCGUACAGCAUAACUAAAUCAUGGUUUAUUUCUUUUCCUUCAUAGUCUUUCUUAUGAUGACAUGUUUGCACGGCAGGUCCCACAGGAAGUAAAAAGUAGAAAACAUUCAAAAUGGGCAGAGACGGAUUUUUUGCUUUGCGAGGCUGCCAUGUUUGCAGUUUGACUCCUAAUUUCUGUUUUAGCAAGUUGGAUUCCAUCCCGAAUGAAACUUUCCGUACAUCACUAAGUAAUAUUGUGUAUAUAUCAGUAAUGUAAUGUAACCUGUGACCUUUGAUUUCAUGUAAUAAUCAAAGGAAUAUGAUUUUUUUUCAGGAGGAAUGUUUAAUAGAUGACACUUCCUGAGUAACCUGCACUAUUCAUUUUAUUGUGAUCUUGCAUCUGAUAUUGUGGUUUCCACCAAGCAAUGCAGUUCACAACGUCUUCACAUGCACAUUUGUGCAAAGAGCGUAAACUGAACUGAAAGGUACCGAGAUCCAUACCGCCCCACUUUUUGGCACCUGUCAGUUUCAGUAUCCAGCUCAUUGGUCUGGCACUGAAAGGGUGCCGCUAGUCACACUGCCAUCAAUGAAUUGGUCGACAGAGACUGGUCACUCCCAGGUGACAGUGGUAAUAGUACACACUGUUUUUAAAUAGAACGUGCAUUAUAUGAUUCAAGGGUGUAUAUGAUACUUAAUUAGGUAUGUUUUUCCUCUCCUUUUUAUUUACUUUUCAAACCAAAUUGCCCCAUGGGAGACAUUAAAAUGUACCCAUAACUGUGUGACAGGCACUGUGUUGUCCUGGUAUGUUGUCACGCUGUUUAUGUAGCUGACAUGGCUACAUGGGAUGUGUAGGUCACCAUAAUAAGACCUACAGCUGAGCUGAACUGUGCUGUGUGUUUCUCUCUCUCUCUCAACUCUUCUCUUUCCUUUGACCGACCAGGUAUUUUUCACCAGUUUUUC